CUCUGUAAAUGUAUCAAAAUGCUCCAUGUUCUGAUGUAGGACGGUAAUUAUUGUAUCCUCCAGUCCUCCAGGUGUCGCUGAAGAGACAGCCGCUACUUUUGUCUGUUUAGACUCGACCCACAAAAAAGAAGCAGCUGUUACUAGCAAAGUUUAGGUUAAAGUUGUUCGCCGGCGAGUAAAUAAUACAUUUAAACAGAUUUACUAACCUUGUAUGCAUUGGAAGUGAUCUAAGGACGAUGGCAGACAGAUCUAUGAGUAACUGACGAGGAUUAAGAGUAAUGGACAUGAUUGCCAGUUAACAACCAACCAAUAUCUGAGGGUCUGUAGCUAUGGGGACACAGUUCACAAUCGAUGACGCAUUCGUCCUGGAGGGGGAGGAGGAAGGUGUGGUGCCUGGAGAGGAUGUGGGGGACUGGAAGGGGAGAGAGAAGGAUGGCGGGGGAGAGAUGACCUUUGGACCUCUUUCUUUUGCCAAAACACAAACUUCUGGACCCACUGGCACUCCUGAACACAGUAAUCUGAAAUAUCAGAACCUGGAAAAUGAAGAUGCUUUAGGUGGCACUGUGAACUCUUCUUUCAAUAACUUCUUCAAAAUCAGUGAUCCUGCUACUCUGUCCUACUGCAGCUCUCAGUGGUCAUUCAGCACACUCAGCUCAGUCACACACCUGUCUGCUCACUGCUGCGGGUGGACGUCUCACCCGCUGGUGAAGAAGAACAGACGAGUCAUUCUUGCCUCAUUCCUCCUCUUAAUCACUGGAGUUGCUUUGAUCUUUACAGGCAUUGUCAUGCAGUUAAACCCUCACGCAGGUGUUUCAAGUGCAAUUUUCUUUGUUCCUGGAUUUCUUCUCUUCAUUCCUGGUGUCUAUCACGUGAUCUAUAUAAGCUGUGCAGUUCAGGGACGAAGAGGAUUCAAGUUCUUUUAUUUGCCGUACUUUGAGAAGUAAACCGUUUUUCUUCGCAUCGUAUAGACUGUUGGUCUGGAUUGGCCACCAUUUCAAACCCCCUAAAAUGAAGUAAGGGGAUGACCUACUUUUACAACCUCAGUUACUAGUUGUUUUCUAAACAAUUUCUUCUUCAUUUUGGUAAAAGCCAGUCUGUACACAGGUCUAAGUAUAACUUCUACAGAAAAAAACAAAAAAAAAAUGAUUUAAGAGUGUCAAGUGCGACAAUAUACAAUCAUACUACAAAAGGCAGACUGUAGUAAAGAAAUAGUUCACACAAAAAUUUGCUAAAAAUGUUCUUACUCUCAUGGCAUCCAAGAUGGAGAUGCAUUUUUUCUUCAUCGGAACAGAUUUGGAGAAAGCACAUCACUUGAUCACCAAUGGAUCCUCUUUUAUGAAUAGUCCAGUCUAUCGAUUAAUGUCUUGUAAAGAGAAAAUCUGCUUGUUUGUACUAAACAAAUCCAUCAUUAAGGUGUUUUAACUUCAAACCGCCGCUUCUGGCCAUAAUUCAUUAUAAUGCUUCCUCCAGUGAUUACGUCCAUCCCCUGUUGUCCUCUCACAUCAAAAUCCAUGUUUGUUUAAAACGGUUUCUGACAUUUUUUGCUUGUAAAUGGUGCUUGACCUGUGCUCAGAAAUAUGCACAGAUCAAGCACUGUUUACAAAGGAACGGUCCAAAACAAUUUUAAACCAAUAGGUCAGUGGAUUUUGAUGUGAGAGAACAACAGGGGAUGGACUUUUUACUGAGCACGUGCUAUUGUGUGUUAUGGACUCGUAUUUUGGCCAAAAGCAGUGGUUUGUUAAAAUGUCUUAUUUAUGGAUUUAUUACAAACAUUCAGCUUUUCCCUUCACAAGACAUUAAUUGAUGGACUGGAGUCUUGUGGAUUAUUACACUCAUUCUGACGGCACCCAUUCACUGCAGAGGUGAGCAAGUGAUGUAAUGCUCAUGAUUGUUCAGAUGAAGAUACAAACUUAUCUAUAUCUUGGAUGGCUUGAGGGAGAGUCAUUUUUGGGUGAAUUAUUCUUUUAAAACAUCCGUGUGCACAGAAUUUGAAGUUACAUCUGAUUGAGAUGUUUUAGAUCAGCUGUGCUACAGUGUUAUAGGUUCUCAAUUCAGUGAAAGAUACUUGGGAUUGAGCAAGGAGUAUUAUAACAAGCUUGUUAUAUAUGUACAAAGUUUUGUCAGGAAUGUAGCACAAUUAAUAACAAGAAAUUGUACACCUUUAGCCUUGUGUAAUACAAAUGAAAUCAUAGACAAAACAAAUGACAUUAAGAAUGAAAAUCUCAAUAGGAGAAAACCAAGAAUGCAAUUUAUCAUUUAGGCCAUUGCAUACACACACAUACAGUCUGAGUUGUAAAGCGUUUUGACUUAUCCUUUUAUUGUAAAAUCAAGGUAAGAUGCAUCAACAAGUGAUUUGCUUUUCUACUGCACAUUCAUAUUUUUACUAGUACCACUACUAACACUUUGAACCACUGUUUUAAUGUACAUUAUACAAAAAUGAGUAUUGAAAAAUUGUAUUGUGUAAUUUUUUAAUCAUUGACACUACAAUAAACCUGUUUUUAUAUUUGCUUUUA